AUGCCCACCGAAACAGAACCGCUCCUCCCACGCUACGAGGACGACACCUCGCGUCAGCGUCGCCUCCACCAAAAACUACAUAGCUACCAGAUGGUUCGCGCCCUCUCCGAAGGGUACAUGCCAACAACCGAACAAACAAUCAGCAAUCUCCGCACCCUCCUCGCUUCAGAUGUCCUCAAUCUCGCCAACAAGGACAUCGGCAGCGUCGGUCGCCAGCUAGUGCGGGACAGUCGACUGUGGAUCCAGACCUUCAUCGAGUUCCUCGCGGCGAAGAACAGCCACGACCAGCUCCAGGAAUUCCUGUGGCGCCUGGCCCGUUCGCGGAUCUCGGUGGAUAGUGGGAGGGUUUCGCAGCAGGCUGCCCACGUGAAGGCGCGGGCUGAUACUAAAGCUGCUUACGAUAGUUUCCGCACGGUUGGGGGGUUGCUCUUGACGAAUGCUGAUUUUCGGCUUUUUGUUGAUGAUGUCGUUACUGUUGGGAGGCAGAUCUUUGCUGAUACUGCCGAAUCUCUGGCUGAAUCUUCGAAGCUUGUUGCGGAGCAGGUUAAACCUUCUGAAGAGGAGGCUCGGGCGCUGAAUGGGGCUGGUGCUGACGCUGGUCAUGAGUUGUCGGCGGAUCAGGUGAGGGAGGAGAUUACACACGUCGCAGAUGUUGUUGGCGAAGGCGCUGCGGAUACUGGACAUGAUGCUGUGGAGAGUGCGAAAGAGCAUCUGUCUGGUCGAGAGAGGGAUACUCUAUUGUUCCGAUUGAAGCAAGCUGUUACAAGGCUUCGCGAGAGAACUGACUACUCCGACUCGGUCUCGACACUCGCUGAAUUGGUUAAGCGCUAUGCUAAGAUCUACGCCGAUGUUGCACAGGAAACUACCUCUGUCGCUCAAGAAGAUCUGGAUGUAAAUGUCGAUCUAAAGCGAGCGGUCGACGAAUUCUGGGUCCUCUUACGCUCCUUUGGGGACGCUAAAGAAUGGGAUCGGCUUCAGCAGAAGUUCCAUGAUGUCCUUCGCCACGCGAAUAAGGAUCCCGAAUUCGAUGAUCUGUUGGGAGAGGUCGGAACCUCGUUGCAGGAUAUGCUCACCGACCCUGCCUUUUUCGAUUCGGCGCCACAGAAGCUGGACGAACUCAAGCAACAGUCCGAAAAAGUCGGCUCAGAGACGACUCUACGAAAGGACGUGGACAACUUCCUAGCACAAGCGAAGCGGACGUUACGCAGCAUCCCCGAAGACCCCGCCGUGUUCAAAUUAAUCAACGCCACCAAGAAGGUAUAUCAGCAUGCUUGGGCCGCCUACAAUGAUAAAGCAACCGACCUCCCAGCCGACGUAUUGAACGUCUUCUUCCCAGUCUUCCUCCGAACAAUCCAAUAUGUGCCAAUCCCACGACUGGAAAUAUCCGCCCCGGAAAUGGAUCUACUCCUCGAAAACCUAAUCCUCGAACCAGGCCACACAGUAAACUUCUCCUCCUUCCUCCCCUACCGUAUGCAUCUUCUCACACGCAAUGACAUCGACAUCGUAAAAACCCACUCCAAACGCACAGAAACCCUCAUGAAAACAGCCUUCACAAUAACAAUCCAAGGCCUAAACAUCAGCGCCGAAGACUUCGGCUACUGGUUCCGCACUCACACAGGCCUCUUCCACCUAAAAGACGAAGGCAUCGCCAGCUUCUACCUUGACCGCCGUGGUAUCGACAUCUCCCUCGACAUCGAAGUCGGUCGCGGCCGCCUAGAGCAGAUCUUUUCACUGCGCGGCGUGCGUGUGCGCAUCCACAAACUGGAUUACAGCGUCACGCGCAGCAGGUGGAGAUUUCUGCUCUGGCUGACAAAACCAUUCCUGAAACAUCUUGUCCGUCGUGUUCUGGAAAAGAAGAUUGCCGAGGAGAUUGUCGCCGCGGCGCUUGCGCUGAAUCGGGAGUUGGUCUUUGCGAGGGAGCGUCUGCGUGCUGCGCGUAUUGCUAAUCCGCAGGAUCUGGCUUCGUUCAUCAAAGCUGUGCUUGCGCGACUUAAACCUGCCGACUCGGAUGUCCAGGCUAGGAUUGGUUUUACGCCGUUAAAGAGUGGGCCUUUCGAGGGUGUCUAUGCUCCUGGGAGUAUUGUUAAGACUUGGCAUGAUGAGGCGACUGGUGCGCAGGAAGCUAUUGAUAAUGGGGAUGAGACGCAGGGACUAGGCCAUACGUGGCGUAAUGAUAUCUUUGAUAUCACUGGAAGAAACUGA